AUUGUUCUUUAUUCUGUUGUUGAUUAUUCUAGCAAUGGUUUUAUUUAUGACGAAAGUCAGUGCCAAACGAUGGGCUGAUGGAGUAGAUGGAGUGUGUGCCUAAUCACUUUUUAUAGUGUUAAAUUAUACCAAUAAAGAUGAUGUAGCAAGCUUAGCGAUAGUUGAUUUAAACAAGUAAAUUCAUUAUUUUUGAGAUACCAGCUGAUCUCAAAGCGUAGAGCUCUGAGAUACACUACUCACAAUGCAGGCAGCCGAAACUGAGCCCAAGCGUACCAAGAGUUAUAUUGAUGAGGUAUACCGACUUUUAGAGGAAAAGCCAGGGGUUGAAGAAAUAUUAAUCAUGAAUCGUUCCGGUGUGCCGAUCAAAACGUCAAUGGAACGCCAAGACGCACUUCAACAUGCCUGUCUUUAUGAGAAUUUUCGUGAAAAGUGUCAGGCAUUUCUAUCAAAAAUGGAGCCACCACAGCUCCUGACCAUGUUGCGAGUCCGUACCAGAUUCCACGAGGUCCUGCUAACACCUGAUGGCAAGAUAACCGUUUUGGUAGUGCAAAAUCCAAAGGAUACACAUCUUAAGGUAGAGGAUCUAAAUCGUCAUUCCUCCAAUUUUUAAAUAAUUGCUCCUACAUAUAUCUACGUUGUUAGUCAUCCAACUUCUUACACGUAAAACAUUCUUCUCACUUUGUACACAG